AUGUCUUUCUCACUUGCUAUUCGCCGUUCAAUUCUCUCUGUCCCCGUUCGGGGCGCUGUCCGGCCACUCUCCACAACUCGGGCCCUGCGCCAAUCCGACGACAAACCUAUACCAUUCUCCAACUCCCCGGCUCCUCCGCGCCUCCCCAAGGAGGAACAAGAGAUCUUCGAAAAGCUCCAGAAGCAGUCUACUGGUGCAUUUAGCACACCUCAAGUCAACCAGUCCCCGCAGGGCGAGAUCCAGGCCGACGGCAAAGGUGGCGAACUGCAUCCCGAUGCGCCGAAGAAAAUGAUGCCCGAGUUCGAGGGCGAGACAAACCCCAAGACUGGCGAAGUCGGUGGACCCAAAAAUGAGCCCCUACGCUGGGGAUCUGCUGGUGAUUGGAGCUACGGAGGUCGUGUCACUGAUUUCUGA